AUGGGGCAGUGUUGCGUAAGCGGUGGGCAGAGCCAUGCUGCAAGUGAGCUGGAGUACGACCCCCGGCACACACAAAUACGCCCGAUCGACAACACAAUCGAGGAAGAGGCGGCGGUGGUGAAAACGAUUUCCUCAACCGAGGAGGCGGAGAAAAUUUUUGCUGCGCAGAGCAAGGGCAAAAGGGGAGGGGUAAAAUAAGACUCGUGUUGAAAAAAGCCCGUGAAGCAGAUAAGCAUUUAGAGUUGAAGUUCGCGGCUCUAUUUUUAGUGUCUCGCCAUCAUCCUUUUCCUUUGCUUUAUUUUCAACAGUUGCGUCACCGCUUCAUCUGUAAAUUUGUAGCGAUGCUCGAAGGCGGAAUAAGUAGCACUACCCUGCUGGUAUAAACAAUUAAUACAAUUGCAGGUUUCCGCGACGCCUCUGACAGAACAGCAAAUCAAGAAUUUCAAACCGCCCGUUUACCCAAAAACUGCGGAGGAGAAGCAGCUGUUGACAAAAAUCGUCCGUGAGAACCAGAAGCUGCAGGUGCAUUUCGGCCACCUGGAGGCGGGAAGCUUAGAGGCCGCCGUGGAUGCGAUGCGGAAAGUAGAGGUGGAGAGCGGCGAGACCAUUAUCACCCAGGGCGAACUCGGCGACGCCUUUUACAUCGUGGAGACCGGGGCGUUCAGCAUUUACGUCUCCCGAAACAACAAUUUUCUGGACGCUGGUCCUCCGCCGGUUCUACUUUUAGGUGGCGAUACUACGAAAAGCAGUCACGACAAAAGCAGCACAACGGGUGGAGGGACCUCGACCAUCUCGACCUCCGCCACGAAAGUUGCCGAGGUCGGGCCGGGCUCCUGCUUUGGCGAAUUGGCUCUGAUGUACGACGCACCGCGGGCCGCGACAGUGGUAUGCACGACGGCAACUUCGAGUGCGCUCGGUGGAGCAGAGCAACCUAGUACAAUUGCAGCGGAUUCUACAUCUCCAGAACUGUUUGAAAAAAAUCGAGAGAACAAAACUGGCGGAAUCCUGUGGGCACUCGACAGAGAUCCAUUUCGGAUGCUCCUGGUGUCGGCCCAAUCCGUAUCAAAGUGAAAAAAGCCCGCACCCCACAUCGGAAACGGAAGAUGCGCGAAUUUGUGAUGCUGUAUUUGAGUACACAAAUCAACGUGUAUUGCUAGAAGGCCAAGAGACGAAGCUGCGGCCUAAAUUGCAGGCAAUCUGUCAUGCUGUUUCCCACUUCCAGUUGCCUCCUGUCAUCCUAGAGCUGCAAGGCUUUCCCACGCUAGACAGCACUACAGUCCUCAUCUUUUGCCUUCUAGCAUCACAAAGCUGAUUUGUGGCCACAAAUCUGCAUCACAGAUUUCCGUUUUGAUAUGGGGAGGGGGCAUUUUUGAUUGUAAUAAUCCGCCAAAGUGCACCUUUACGAGGGCUUCCUGUCCGAUGUCGUUCUCUUCAAGGACUUGAACAGGUAUUUACAGAUGUAAAAUCAAUGUUUCGUUUUGAAUUAUAUGAGCAGUUUCUUCAAGAAAAAUAAGAAUAACAUGCAAACUGCCCAUGCUAUGGAUGUUGAACCAUGGUGAAUCUGCUUUAUGAGGUACGAGUUGGGCAUGCUCUCAGACCUACUGGUCACCGAGGUGUUCGAGACCAGCGAGACCAUCGUGCGGCAGGGCGAGCACGGGGACACGAUGUACAUUUUGGAACACGGGGAGUGCAAGGCCUACCUGGAGGGGGACCAGGGUGAGGUGGAGGUGAAGCACUAUACCACGCAAGGCGAGUACUUCGGCGAGAUCUCACUGAUUAAAGAGUGUCCGCGCCGGGCCACCGUGCGGGCCAGCGGCAGCGGUUGUAGUGUGCUGGUGCUCAAGAAUAUCCAAGAAAAAAAAGAUUGUAGGUGUAAAUUUCUUGGAGGAAUAGCAUGACAGAGAUAGCAAAAACCUGUCAUGCUGAGAUUGUAAGUACGUGAACACGCCGACGCCCUUGAAUGGACCCUACAGUGUAGGCAUAGCAUGACAGGCGCAAUCGAUUUGCAUUUUGCGCAUCACAAGUUUACACUAACAAUGUUUUUUUCUUUGAUAAAGAAGGCGGAUUUCGACCGCGUCAUCGGGCCGAUCGUGGACACUUUAACAGGUUGAAAAAUGUAGUUGCCCCGCUCUCAUGAUACGCAGAAGAUGAAUAAGGAUUUGUACAAGGGAACUACCUGAAUAAUUUUUGCUACUUCUAAGUACUUCCAUUGGAGAAGACGCAAAGGUUCUUUCUUGCAUUGAUGGCCUUUUUUGCAUCACAAUUUUUUUUCUUUUCUGGGAGCGGGGCACUUGUUUUCCGGUUGAUGCACUUUGCUCGGCCUUUAUCCUGAGUAAAAACGUACCCACACCAGAGUCAAGAUGGGGAAUCGGCUAGACAAAUCCACAAGUUUUGGCUGUUUUGCAUGACAAAUUUGGACUCGUAGCGUAGUGCUGUUUGAGCUAGCUCAGCAGCAUCACAGAUCUAGCAUACCAUGCUGAUUGGAGCUUGACAAAUUGCAAAACAUGACUAGAAAAUGCUUCUCAUGGAGCUCCGCAUGAGAAACAUUUUCAGCAUGCAGAUUUGCAUUACAACUCUGGUGUGGGUACGUUUUUACUCAGGAUAGCCUUCUGGACGCGUACCCACAGUACCGGGCGUUCUUUCCGUAUCAAAAGGAAAAACUCCCCCUCCCCAUAUCGAAAACGAAAUUUGUGAUGCUGGAUUUGAGUAAACAAAUCAGAUCUGUCUUGCUGAAGAGGACUGCAGGCCCACAUCAGGACUGAGUCGAGAGGUUUUGGCCUAGGCGCUUAGCAUGAGAAACGUCUGCGCUGUAGGCCAAACAGCAUCACAAACCGCCUUCAUAAUGCGGCGGAGCCUGUGGAGUUGCCUUCUUGCAGGACAGAGAUGAUUUGUGGUCGCAAAUCAGCAUUACAAAUUUUCUGCUACGUACCUUUUCGAUAUGGGCAGGGGGGAUUUUUCCGCACAAUAUUCCGAGUAAGGAAAAGGCUUGAAUGGGCGUUCAUUUCGAGCAUGGAGAAAGAAGGCUUGAAAGAGGUCCUGGACCUGGUUGGUCGCGCAGACAAUUACCUCCCAGAGCGGCAACACCACCUGUGUUUGAGUUACGGACCGAAGUAGUCAUGAUAAAUUUCUACGGAAAAGUAUAUAGAAUUACCACCAAUUCGCCGAAGCAGCAAUGUGUGAAUAUCAUCGUGAAGAUCAAAAUCAUUUUUCGUUUUCGCUAGCUUGUACGAUUCCCGACUGUAAUAUCUCAGAGCAAAAGAAUCGUAGGAAAUACGACUUUUGCUCGAAGUUGAAGUUGUAUAGAGCACGGGCUUACAUGUAUACAUACAUUUCCAUUGUCGCAGUUGAAAUUCAAAGUGAACAGUCUUUGCAAGUCAGACGCAAGUGCACGUACUUACUCUCAGAAAACAGAAGACGUGGAAAAGCACAGGACAUGUUGGUGAGCUGAUUCAUGUGGCUGGCCUGGCCGGCCGCGUGCCGGUU